CCUGGAGAUUUGAAAAUGAACCCCACGGACACAGCAGACACCACCAUGGAUGAAAGCAUCUAUCACAAUUACUAUCUCUAUGAAAACAUCCCCAAGCCUUGCACCAAAGAAGGCGUCAAGGCGUUCGGGGGGCUCUUCCUGCCCCCUCUCUACUCCUUGGUCUUUCUGUUCGGUCUCCUGGGCAAUUCUGUGGUAGUUUUGGUCUUGUUCAAGUACAAGAGGCUCAAGUCCAUGACUGACGUGUACCUGCUCAACCUCGCCAUCUCAGACCUGCUCUUCGUGUUCUCCCUCCCUUUCUGGGGCUACUAUGCUGCAGACCAGUGGGUUUUUGGACUGGGUCUCUGCAAGAUUAUUUCCUGGAUGUACUUGGUGGGCUUUUACAGUGGCAUCUUCUUCGUCAUGCUCAUGAGCAUCGACAGAUACCUGGCGAUAGUGCACGCGGUGUUUUCCUUGAGAGCGAGGACCUUGACUUACGGGGUCAUCACCAGCUUGGCCACGUGGUCCGUGGCCGUGCUGGCCUCUCUUCCAGGCUUCUUAUUCAGCACCUGUUACACGGAGCGCAACCACACCUACUGCAAAACCAAGUACUCUCUCAACUCCACGAGGUGGAAGGUGCUGAGCUCCCUGGAGAUCAACAUUCUGGGGUUGGUGAUCCCCUUGGGCACCAUGCUGUUCUGCUACUCCAUGAUCAUCAGGACCCUGCAGCACUGCAAAAACGAGAAGAAAAGCAAGGCGGUGAGGAUGGUCUUUGCCGUGGUGGCCCUCUUCCUGGGUUUCUGGGCGCCUUACAACGUGGUGCUCUUCCUGGAGACCCUGGUGGAGCUGGAGGUCCUUCAGGAUUGCACCUUUGAGAGGCACCUGGACUAUGCCAUUCAGGCCACGGAGACCCUGGCUUUCGUUCACUGCUGCCUCAACCCGGUCAUCUACUUCUUCCUCGGGGAGAAAUUCCGCAAGUACCUCGUACAGCUCUUCAAAUCCUGCCGGGGCCCCUUCGUGCCCUGUCAAUACUGCAGGGUCCUCCAGCUCUACUUCCCCGACACUCCCAGCUCGUCCUACACGCAGUCCACUGGGGACCACGAUCUCCACGAUGCUCUGUGA